AUGCCAACCGUCUUGCUGCCCUCGUCGGCAGCCGCAUUCGCUCCACGCUCGUCGCCGAACGUGGUGUUGAAUGCGCGCAUCGAGCCCUGGCUGACUGCCACCCUCAAAAGAGUGAAUCGAGUCAAGCGACCCCUUAACAAUGUUACCCAGCAUACCAGAUGCCUUACGGAGACGCUGUCAUCCCCCGACGCCAUCUGGACACUGUGCUCUCUGAUGUUUCCCAAGGCCCCCGAUGCGGAACUCAAGAAGGACGACAACCCCCUGGUCGAGGCCAUGUGCAACUACCAGAUGGUCCACAUCGAAGCGUACGUCGUGCAUGUCGACAUGGUUUCGCAGAACGAAGUCGCCUUUAAAUUGACUCCGGAGACCAUCGAGGCUCUCGUCGACUACCACAAGGACGUCUAUUCCGUCGACACGGCUGCCAGCACUUGGGACUGGUCCGACAAGGAUAGUCAGCUGAAGAAGCUGCAGGAGGAAUUUGUGCAAGCUGUCAACAAAUUUGUCUAUCGCACAGAGGCGCUCGCGCUGGAAGGGCUCGAGGAGGAUGGCGCAGGCGAACUGCUUGGCGGCCGCAGCGAUGACGCGAAGGCGGCGAUAACCAGUCUCUUCGUGCCUCUACUUCCCCCGCCGCCACGUGUAGUUGACGUCCUCCGGUCGACCCCUAUCCUUCCCAGCUCGACCGUACCGGGAACCUGGUGGCAGGAGCCGAUGCCACAAACACUGCCUUUGGAGUCGUGGAAGGUCCUCCCAUCCAGCCCCGCAACAACCAGCACUGGCGAGCCGAACGCUGGUAUGUGGGCAACCAUGAACGGCAUGGGAGAAGCACAGCUUACUUCCCCAACGUUCAGCCAGCCAUAUACCACUUCACCAUACAAUGCGACACAAUACUACAGCACAGCGGCGACAUCGGCGACCAUCGCGGCGCUCCCGCUGCCGAGCAUGCUAGUGCAACCGUGCAGCACAGUGGCUGGUCUGGCGGGGUUUGGAUGGGAGAACCGGUACCAAGAUUUUACACUGCCAUACGGGACAACAAUGUAA